CCGGGCCAGGAAGCAGAUUGCGGCUGCCAGCAGUUGAUGCAUUUAUCCCUUUCAUUAUUGAACAACUUGAUGACGGAAACUUAGCAUUUUCAUGAUUUUCCUAUGAGUACACAGUUUCCCCUAAAAUCUUGUGUCCGUGGAAAUGACUAAAAAGGGACAUUUUUCAGAAAGAAUUCCGCCGAUGAAUUUCUUUACGCAAAUCAAUAAUAAACCAAACAAUUGUUUUUCUGUCAGUGAAUUUUAUCCCGAAUGAUGCGUGUGUGUGUGUGUGUGUGUGAGAGAGAGAGAGAGAGACUUUUUGCUUCUUGUUCUUCUGCGAUGCGGCAAAAAUAUUCGUGCCCCAUGAAUUCUUGCUCAUCCUGUCCCACCGCUCUUGGUCCCGGCUAGAAUGGUCAAUGGUCAAUGCUAGAAAGCUCAAGUCACACUAUUUGUUUGAGCAGAUGUGGUAUUUAAGGUUACUGGCAUUAGUCCUUUGACCUCGUUUAGCACAUCAGCACUUUUACAAUGUGUUAGCCAAUCCUCAGAUGUCACUGGUUGUUUAUCGUUUGGCGACCUUGGGCUAACUUCCGUUACUUUGUAUUGUUUCUGGUAUCGUGAAUGGUUGCGACAUGUUUGUGUUCUUCUUUAUAUCUUACAUCAACAGAGUGUUUACAACUUGCUUUUAAUGUGGCUCCGAGUUUGUAAGCUUGAUAGUAUGCCUUGUUCAUGUUGAUGAUGUGAUUUUACAUGAUAGAAAAUGGGUCAUUGCACCAUUUUCUAACAUGCCUCCUCGUGUUUGUGUUAAGUCCACUAACUGGAACACUUUACACAAGUCGAAAAUGACUCAUCCACAGGACGCUUGUUUAUCUUAAUUGCCUUAUCAGAUAAGCAUAAUUGAAGAUACCUAACCGAUCAUCAUAAGCUGCGAUGAUGGCGGCUUGCAAAAACAAAAUGUAUUGCGAAGCCUCUAAAUGUUUUUCUUUUUUAAUUCUUCAGUGUAAAAUUAAGAACGAAUAUGUUUAAAAUGUGAAAUAAAAUCAAAGCUACCAUGGCGUAAAAGUGUUCGAAACCCAAAGACCUUAUCUUUAUGACUUGCGUAUGAUACGAAUGGUGUUAUGUUAUUUAACUCCCCGCCCCGCGCAGGGAUCCAUUUGCGCCUACUAAAAGGUGCGUCCCGACCGGAGAAACGUUCACAAACUGUCGCAUCCACCAUGUGGUUCCUCAUCUUCACGGCGUGGUUGGUAGUGUGGCUGGGGGGCGUCUACUGGUAUCUUUUUGGCAAGCGCAGCCCCUUCUCCCUGAGCUCCGUCAGGCCUCCUGGACCCCGAGAAUUUGACCAGAAGAAGCGGGACAAAGUCAUCAAACAAGGUUUCAGCUCGGACAAGGUGCCGCGGGACCUGGACGUGAUUGUAAUCGGAAGCGGCAUCGGCGGAUUGGCCGCCGGUGCCACGCUCGCCAAGGCCGGCAAGAAGGUUCUGGUUCUGGAGCAACAUGACCAAGCCGGAGGCUGCUGCCACACGUACAUCGAGAAAGGCUUCGAGUUUGACGUCGGCCUUCACUACAUCGGUCAGCUGCACAAGAACGGUCUGCUUCGCAUCAUUUUUGACCAACUGUCCGAGGGCCAGUUGGAGUUCCAGGAGCUGAAGCCCCAUUUUGACACGAUACAAAUCGGCCAGGGGGAAGACAAGCGGGAGUACACCAUCGUCUCGGGCAAAACGGAGAUGAAAUCUCACCUCUUGAAGCAAUUUCCCGACGACGCAGACGCCAUUGAAACCUUCUUCAAGAUCAUGAAGAUUUCAGCCAAGAAGACUCACUACCUGGCGACCCUGAAACUUAUCCCGCAGUGGCUGUCUCUGUUCCUGUUGAAGUCAGGAAUCGCAGACCUCGUCUCGCCGGUUUUCCGUCUCAGCGGAACGCGCGCGACCGACCUGGUGAACACACUGACCGCCAACAAGGAUCUCCACGUCAUCUUCUCGUACCUUUUCUACGGCGUACCUCCAAAGGAUUCCAGUAUUUUGAUAAACGCCCUCCUGGUCCAUCACUACAAGCGAGGGGCAUACUACCCUAAAGGUGGCGCCAGUGAGAUCGCCUUCAACAUCAUCCGCACCAUUCAGAAGUACGGCGGUAACUGCCUCGUGCGAGCACCCGUCUCGCAGAUCCUGGUGGACGACAAGGGGGCGGCGUGCGGCGUGAAGGUGAGGAAAGGCGGAGAAGAGGUGGCGAUCCACGCGCCGGCGGUCGUCUCAAACUGCGGCGUCUUUACCACAUUCCAGAAACUUCUCCCCCCCGAGAUCCAGGUCAAGCCAGACAUUCAGGAGAGGCUGAACAUGAUGAAGCACGGUCGGGGAUCCUUUUUGGUCUUCUCCGGUUUCGACGGCACAGAGGAGGAGCUCGGUCUAGAGUCCACAAAUUUCUGGCUAUUCAAAAACAACGACAUGGACAAAUCGAUGGAGGACUUUUUUAGUUUGAGCAAAGAGGAAGCGCCAGACAACAUCCCCAUGAUGUUCAUCACCGUGCCGUCUUCCAAAGACCCAGAGGCCAAGAUAAGACACCCUGGAAAAUCUUGCAUGACCAUCCUGACCAUGGUGAAAUACGAAUGGUUCGAGGAGUGGAAGGACACGGCGGUCCGCAAACGCGGCGACGAAUAUCACAACUACAAAAUGAGAUUUGCCAACAAGCUCUUCGACUGGGCCUGUCAGUUGUUCCCAAAAAUCAAAGACAAGCUGGUCUUCCAGGACGCGGCCACGCCGCUGACCAACGAGCACUACCUGGGCGCCCAGCGCGGAGCCAUGUACUCGGCGGAGCAUAACCUGGAGCGCUUCCAAGCCGAGGCGGUGGCGAGGAACCGCUGCCACACCCCCGUCAAGAACCUCUACCUCUCCGGUCAAGACGUAUUCAGCUGCGGAAUAGCGGGCGCGUUGCACGGCGGCGUCCUGUGUGCCUCGGCCGUGCUGGACCGCAUCGUCUACAUCGACCUGCUCUUCAUCAAGAAGAAGCUGAAGCGGCGUCAGGCCAAGGAGCUGGCUCCGCUUGCUCGGAAGAAGACGCAGUGAGCGGAUGCACUUUUUUUGUUUUAAAUUUUUCAAAACGGACUCUCAGGAUCAAAGAAUAGCUUCAAGCUAAGCCCAUUAACUUUCAUGGAAAUGUGAACGAUUGUUGUCUUAUUUAUGAAUCUACACUAUAUGACCAAAAAUAUUUGCCCACCCACUCCAAAUGACCCGAAUCAGGCGUGGCGCCGUCAUAGGAUGCCACCUGCGCAACAAAUCCAAGUUGUGAAAUUGGCACUCAAGUUCACUUAUGAGUCAAGGCGGCUGAGCAAAUAC